AACUGCUGGACUGGAGUAACGACAACAUCCUGGUGGCGGCUCUAGGCAUGAACUACCACAAAUGGAGCUGGCGGACGCAGAGCCUCAUCAACAAGGGCUUCGCGCGGAACGAGAUACAGUGCUGCAAGUUCGACCCAAGGGGAGAGAUGCUGAUUUUAGGAACGGACAUGAAGAUGGUGGAAGUCCACAACAACUUGUUGAGCAAGUGGGUUGCCGGCAGCUACUGCCGCUGCCUCGACGUCGACGACGUGGACUGCUCAAUCACCGCGCUGGACUGGAGCCCCACUGGGAACUCUUUUAUAACCGGCUGCUCCCGCGGCAUGCUGGUGACCUUUGACCGCAACGCCCGCCUGAUCAGCUGGCGGCGCGUCAUCCACUCCGCCGUACUAGUGGUGCGAGUGUCGCCCGACGCGCGGUACGUGGCCGUGGCCGCGGUCAACGCGACUAUUGUACUGGUGCUGUCCUGGCCGGGACUUGAGCUGACCUCCAGCCUUAAUUCUGAGUGGACUGUUAAGACACUGACGUGGCAUCCAUGGCGCAGUGCGUUACUAGGCAUCGGCGCUGUGACAACAUCCCUGCAGUCCCGCAUUGCGUUCUGGGAUGCAGCAUCCGCCAAGGUUCGGGAGACGAACCUGGGACGCAGCCACUACAGCCUGGACUGCAUGCUGUUUAGCCACCGGACCGGCGAGAUGGUGCUAAGUUUGUGGAACGCAGACCCAGCAGCGGCUUACCAGAAGACCUGUUCACACCUGGUGGUGAUGAGCGACCCGGAGACGGUGGUGGACCACUGGGGCGAGGGCCGCAGCGGGCUGGACCGCGUGCGGACCAUGAUCUUCAGCCCUGACGGGACCAAACUUGCAACGGCCACAGCAGACGAAGACCUGAUCAUCUGGAACUUCUUGCCAGAAGAUCCGCGCAAAAAGAAGACAAACUGCAGACAGUUCUCUGCUAUGCCAGUGUACCUGGACAAGGCUAUGUAUGGCUACUCGCUUAGGUGAAACAUAAACAUUUAAUCAUUCAUAAUUUAUUCAUUUAAUUUUUAGUGUAAAGCCCGGUC